CAAAGCCUUUGCUGUCAAUACACUAGUAAAAAUUUCAAGUACACACACGCACACACAUGCAAAUAUGUUGACUACACAUUUAGCAACAUUGAUAAUUUGCUUGUUGACGCUGCCGCAAUUCGAUUGUGAAACAUAUUCGAGCAAUAGUUUUGCCAUUUUAAGACAUAAAGCACAUCCACGCAAAUGCGUGCUGGAUACAGCUAAAGGACAAUUAAUUCUACGCACAGGUGAAACGAAGCGUGUGCCAGACAAAUGCGCUGAAAUCUACUGCGGUCGUUAUAGUUGGGCGCUUAUCUAUGACUGUGUAGACGAAGAUCUGCCAGACGAGUGCGAUGAAUGGGGAGACUAUAAAGAUUUGCAGGCGGAGUUUCCCAACUGCUGCAAGCGCUAUAUGAUUUGCAAUAAUGUAUUAAGCUAAAGAAGCAUAAUUAUAAAAAAUUAAAAAUAUCAGUU